CAUGGCGGGCCCGUCAUGGCGGCCGCCCCCUCCCAGCGUGCGGCGCGCGCGGGGUGCGCCGGGACUUGCAGUCCUCGCGUUGUCCCCCGGGGCACGCCGGGAGUUGUGGUCCCACGCCGACGGCCGCAGGCGAUUGGCUGCCGCACCGCUUGGCCCCGCCCCCGCGCUGCCGGAUCCGCCGUCCAUUGGCCGCCGGGCGCCUGGGCCGCUCGGAGCGUGACGCGCGGCGAGCGCGCGGCUGGUGCGGAGCGCGGCGUGGCGGAGCGGCGGCGGCGAGCGGAGAUGCCCGAGGCCACCCGGUGCAGCAGCAGCAGCAGCAGCAGCGGGGCCGAGUCGGGCUCCGACUGCUCCAUGGACACCGAGGGCGUCCCGGAGAGCGGCCGCCGGCGGCACAAGAAGGAGAAGAAGGAGAAGAAAUCUAAACGCCGGGACAAGUUUCAGAGGGGAAAGACUCAGACAGAUGACAGCGAGGAAUCGGAUGAGGAGCGUUAUGCCCCGAAACCCAAGAAAUCAAAGAGUGUCAGUAAACAGAACGGUCACACGAAAGAGGAGAGCGUGGAGAAAUCGAGAAUGUCCUCCUUGAGCAGCAAAUCCUCCCGCAGAAGCCGACAGAGUAGUUCCAGUGAAACGUCAAGUGAGAGCGAGAGUGAGAGCGAGCAGGAUCAGGAAUUGACUGGAGAACAGAAGGAGGGUGCUUUCUCCAAUUUUUCUAUUUCCAAAGAAACUGUCCAGCUUCUUCAAGCUCGAGGAGUGACGUACCUGUUCCCUGUGCAAGUGAAGACCUUCAACCCAGUGUAUUCUGGCAAGGAUGUCAUUGCUCAGGCACGAACUGGAACAGGCAAAACAUUCUCUUUUGCUAUUCCCUUAAUUGAGAAACUUCAGGGAGACUCACAGGAAAGAAGAAGAGGCCGUCCACCAAAGGUUCUAGUUCUUUGUCCAACAAGAGAGCUGGCAAAUCAGGUUGCCAAAGAUUUCAAGGAUAUCACAAGGAAGCUGACAGUAGCUUGUUUUUAUGGAGGAACUCCCUAUAAUGGACAAAUUGACCUCAUGAGAAGUGGCAUUGACAUUUUGGUUGGGACUCCUGGUCGAAUCAAAGACCACCUGCAGAAUGGCAAGCUGGACCUUACCAAGGUCAAACACGUUGUACUGGAUGAAGUUGACCAGAUGCUGGACAUGGGAUUUGCUGAGCAAGUGGAAGACAUUUUACGAGUUGCAUACAAGAAAGAUUCUGAAGACAAUCCCCAGACCCUGCUGUUCUCUGCAACUUGCCCGCACUGGGUGUAUGAUGUGGCUAAGAAAUACAUGAAGUCUAGAUAUGAACAGAUUGACCUUAUUGGGAAAAGAACUCAGAAGGCUGCUACAACAGUAGAACAUUUGGCAAUAGAGUGUCACUGGUCUCAGAGAGCUGCAGUUAUUGGAGAUGUCAUUCAGGUCUACAGUGGCAGCCAUGGGAGGACCAUUGUCUUCUGUGAGACUAAAAAGGAGGCAAAUGAACUGGCUCUGAAUGCUUCAAUCAAACAGGAUUGCCAGUCGUUGCAUGGUGACAUUCCUCAGAAGCAGAGAGAGAUCACACUGAAGGGUUUUAGGAACGGUUCAUUUAAAGUUCUGGUUGCAACCAAUGUAGCUGCCCGUGGUUUAGAUAUCCCAGAAGUUGACCUGGUUGUACAAAGCUCACCACCAAAGGAUGUGGAGUCCUACAUCCAUCGCUCUGGGCGCACGGGCCGAGCUGGGCGGACUGGGAUCUGCAUCUGUUUCUAUCAGAGAAAGGAGGAAUACCAGCUGAGACACGUGGAACAAAAAGCGGGCAUUACAUUCAAGCGCGUUGGUGUUCCUACUGCAACAGACAUAAUAAAGGCUUCCAGCAAAGAUGCCAUGAGGUGCCUGGAUUCUGUUCCUCAGACUGCUAUUGAGUAUUUCAGAGAAUCUGCUCAGUUGCUAAUAAAAGAAAAGGGACCAGUUAAUGCUCUGGCUGCAGCUCUGGCCCAUAUUUCGGGUGCUACUUCCAUUGAACAGCGCUCACUGCUGAACUCGGAUGUGGGAUUUGUUACAAUGAUACUACGAUGCUCUGAGGAAAUAAGCAACAUGAGCUAUGCCAUGCGAAGGCUGCGAGAAGUGUUGGGUGAUGAUAUUGAUCGGAAGGUGAACAGGAUGUGUUUCCUCAAGGGAAAAAUGGGUGUUUGCUUUGACGUUCCUGUGGCACACCAAAAAGAUAUAGAGGCGAGGUGGGAAGAUUCCAAACACUGGCGUUUGUGUGUGGCCACUGAGUUACCAGAGUUGGUCGAGUCCAUACGAGGAGGAGGAGGAGGAGGAGGCAGUGGUGGAGGGAAUGGCCGCAGCUUCUCGAGCUCCCGGAACGGUCGGCGUGGUGGCUCUGGUAGAAACAGGUUCAGGAGCAGAGGGCAGAAACGAAGCUUCAGCAGAGCGUUUGAACAUUAACUUCGACAAUCCAGAAGUGAGGAAAAAAUGGGACUGAAGUAUUUUAUAUUACAUUACACUAGGCUGUUUCUGUGUGUUUGUACCAUUGGGGAAAAUACUUCAUUAAGAUAUUUUUUUUUGUCAGUACUACUUUGCUCAUAAACAAGGUUCUGUUCAUUUAAAAAAGUACAAAGGAAAAAAACCCCAAAAAACCUGCAAGAAAAAAAAUGUUUCUUUUGUUUCUCAUAUUGCUCUUUGAAUCUUUCCAUAAUAUGUCUGUUGCGUUCAAAACUGUAGCCUGGUUCACUGUAUAAUACAUAGAUCUGAAUUGCUGCUCAAACCUGUACAUUUUCUGAUAAAAUUAAAUAUUAUUUUACAACUUCACA